AUGGAGUACUUGGAGGUGAUCGGGCCUACUCUUCUCAGGAGCUACAAGGAGGUGCUCGGGCUCAGCGUACAAGUCAUGCCGUACUUGGGGGUGAUCGGGCAGACUUUCUUUCCGAUGUACCAGAAGGGGCUCGGGCUCAGCUUACAAGUCAGGGAGUACUUGGAGGUGAUCGGGCUCAUAUUGGCACAAGUCAUGCAGUACUUGGGGGCGAUCGGGCUGUUAGUGCGAUACGGUCUGAUGAUGGUCAGGCUCCGCUUACAAGUCGUGGAGUACUUGGAGGUGAUCGGGUACGUGGUGAUCCUGGAGCAGGUGGUCUACGGCAAGGUCGCGAGGGUGUUUCGGCGUGCAAGUCCUGAAGCCAGGAGCCGGGUGGCCUCACAGAGCGCAGGUGAUCUCUUGCAAGGUCUCAGUGAUGGGGACAUGUAUGGAGUGAGGCCAAUGGAAGAGGCCUACCGUGUGAAGUCGAUGGAGAUUGACGGUACCUUCGGUGACUACAAUGGAGGAUUCCCGCCUGGCCUCGGAGGGACCAGUCAGGGAGUUGGCCGCCCAGAAGAUGUUCAAGAAGCUCCCACGCAGUCAGCUGGGUUGAACCCUAGCGCGGAACCCGAUGGUCCGCAGCCUUCCUCUCAGACUCCAAGUCCGCUGGAUGUUCUCAUAACUGGAAUGUCCCAGUUGCAGCAGGUCCUCUUGAAGCAGAAGGGAGGGGACACCAUGGACUUGGAACCGAAGGCGGUGGUGGAGUUAUCCAAACUCCCUGAGUAUACCCCGGAGUCUGGCGCUACGGAUUUCCAGGACUACCUGUACUUGACGGAGCAGCAAGUGGGCAGUUUGGCUUCUGGAGCUACCGACUGGUGGCAGCGAACUCUACAAGUAGCUCAGCGUGCUUACGGAGAGUAUCAGUCGCUGUCGCCGAUGAAGAGAUUGAGCGUGAAAGCGGUUCUACCGGAGGACCUCAAGGAGGAGAAGUAUAAAAAGCUGAAGAGGAAGGUGGCCUCGCUUCUCCUUAACUCCCUGCCGAAGGGCGUCCGAGAUGAGUUGGUGGCUCACAGAGUGCAAGGGGUCCACCAGAUCCUUUUCCGGUUGAUGGUGGUCUUUCAACCUGGAGGUGCUCAGGACAGAGCGCAGCUGCUGAGACAGCUGGAUGUCAGUGACUCAAGUCCCGGGCCAGCGGAAGCAGUGUUGGCCAUAAGGAAAUGGUACCGCUUACUCCAGAGAGCUGCAGACCUCAACAUUGCGUUGCCGGAUGAGUCGCUCCAGGUGAGGUCGUUGUCCAAUAUCGUGAGACGCACCGCGGAGGCCCACGGCGACUUCAAGUUCAGGGUUGCACUGGCUAAGACGGAGCUUCAGAUAGACUCGAGGCCGAGUCAACAGAAUGUGAUGAAGUUCCUCCACCACCUGUUGGCGGAGCUUGAGCAGCUUGGUGCAGGAACGAAGAAGUCUUCGGCGCCUACGGCUUCUCCCAGUGGGACCUCAGCGACUACGGCAGCUACUACCACUACGACCCCUCCGUCGCUUAAGGGUGUGCAGCCUACGAGCGAUGGCGGUGCUGGGGGAAAGGGAAAGCAGAAGGGCGCGGUGCCUGCCGCAAAGCGCCCCUGUCAGUGGUUCAGCUCAGACCAAGGGAACUUCGUCACCGGAGAGACCGACGCCUCCGCCUCCACCCAGGAGUUCGGGAACUACAUCUACUCCAUCGGUUACGGCUUCGCCCAUUGCACCGCCACUGGCUCUGGUGGUAAUGGGAACAAAAUAGAUACUGCGAAGAUGACAGAGGUUUUGUCGGAAACCAACAAAAUGUUGAAGGCAUUGGCAUCCCAGUCCGGCGGCACGGCGACGGCCACGGUUGACCCGCUUGUCCUCAUCCAACAACAACUGGACGAGGUGCGACGCCUGAAAACCUUGAGGGUUCAGGAGCCUGGCCAAGGGAUGUGCUCAUUCAACAGUGCGGUGACCUGGUAUGAAGCCAGGCUCAAUGCUACUUCGUUGAGUUCUGAUUCGGCAGCACCCCCUGAGGAGGAGGCGGAAGCCUUGUUGGACAGUGGAGCCAGCCACCCUUUUCGACCUCCGCGAUCUCAGGAGGAGCUGGACCGAGCAAGACGUGUGAAUGUCUCUUUAGCCACUGGUGAUGGGGCUCUGCUGCCUCAGACGGCUGAGGGAACUCUCCUCGCGGCAGGGGGCGACGAUACCCCAAUCAUCCCGAUGGGCCAGUUGGUUCAGAUGUUGGGGUGCCAAAUUAAGUGGACGAAGUCAAGGCUUACUGUACAUCAUCCUGUGCACGGCCGCUUACAGGUACGACUGCGGGGCAAUUGUCCGGUUUUGCCGGUGAGCCAGGCCUUGACCUUGAUUGCGGAGCUAGAGCAGGCCAGGGUGACAGAGUUUCAGCGCACCGUCGAUGGACUUCAAGCUCAGGUUCGUGUGUUGCGAGAGCAGGGAAGAGAAGAGUGGACUUGGCAACACCACCUUCGUGCAUUUUGCGAGGAGGGAAAGAGGACCUCUAUGGCGGGGUUUUUGCAUCGUUGCCCUACCUUUGCAAGCGUGCCGGCUGAAGUGUUGUUGGGGAUACCAGAGGAUGUUCCGUGCGACCUUCAGGAUGGGUGGAAGCUGCUGAAGGGCAUGCCUUGGUCGAGGGCGAAGCGGAAGGCGAUGUUCAGUAGUACAUCAUGGACGGUGCACUUGUUCUCGGGGAACGAGAGGGCUAUGGCGGCGAAGUGCACUUCUACCAUGCGGUCCUCUUUUUGGAGUGUGGCUCUGGAGGGGGACGAGGUGAUGGUCAAUGUGGAUAUCACCGACAGCCGGGCCCUUGAUUUGACAAGGCGCGAUGCGGUCUUCAAGGUGCUCUGUUGGGCAGCGCUGUCGGGUCGUCUUAAGGCCAUUGUGGGAGGACCGCCCAGACAGAGCUAUCCGGCCCCAGUCCAUCCGGAUCAGGGGCAUCCGCAAUAUCAAAAGGAGACUCAGUUGAUUACCCGCAUGAUGAUGUUGUGGUACAUUGCUGAGGAAGGACGCUGCAAGUCUUGGAGGCAGGGGAUGUUGCGGAGGUCAGUCGUCAAGCCCCAUGUCGGGUUCCUGUUGGAACAUCCUGAAGGCGGACACCGGGAUGAUCGGCGAUCCCUCUUCUCCUCUCCUUUAUGGCGGGCCUUCUCGUUCGAUGCCUUGAUGGGGGAAGUGGCGUGUGUUAUGAAUGGAACACAAACGGUGCUGGGAGGUAAUCUCGACCUUUGGCAUCUACAAGGAGCGGAGCUGGGAGCCGUUCUCCCGGGCGACCCCAUUGGUUCAAUGUGGCCGUUGGAGCUGGUGGCGAAUGUGACCUUCCUGGGGCGUCACAGGAUGAACGUGGAGGUGGAGAUCCCCGGCUAUGCCGGUUUGAUGUGGAUGAGUGGCGUCUUCAUCUACAACGAGAUCAUUUGCCAUAUAGAAAGGUUCCCCAGGCUUCCUGGCACCAAGAUCGAUGAUGAGAAGACCGAGAAGGUCGAUGAUGGCCAUCCAGUUGCGGGGCCAGCUCCUGGUGAAGAUUGGUUAUUUGAGGAUGGCGAUCCUUUGGGGGAAGUACCUCAUCCUGAGGUCAAGGAACCCAACGUUCCAGUGGUCCCGGAAUGUGACCAGGUGUCGAAGGAUAAGGAAGAUGCGGAGAUCGAGGCCUUGAAGGAGCUGGCGGAGCCCCUUGAGUUCUCCUCUGUCUACAUUGUUAGGCCCAUGAAAGCCCGGAAGAAUGCGGACACGUUGAAGGCGGUGCAGGAAGCUUACAUCCAGCUUCGAUCGUGUGGCCUACCAGUACACAAACUUCACGCCGACCGCGAUGAUCCAUCGCAAAAUGGAACGGCUGAGAGAGCUGUUCGCUUCCUGAAAAUGCGGAUGCGCAUAUUACUACAGCAGGCGAAGGAGUUGAGCGGGCUGUCUACCGAGGUUGUCGCUUCUUUGUGGCCGUACGCGGCUGAAACCGCCUCGGCUCAGCAACAAGCGGAAGUGUGGGGUCAACCAGCCCCAUCGGUCGCUCGCUUUGGCUCCAAGGUCUUCACGAGACGAAAGGGCUAUGGCCAAGGAGGCCGAACUGAUUUACUGCCAAAGUGGGUUGAAGGAGUGUAUCUGGGCCCUGUGCGGUCGGUUCCUGGAGGGCAUCUGGUUUUGACGGAUGAAGGGAAUUUGUGGUACACCACGAACGUUCGACAGUUCAAGGACCACCCUACAGGUGAAGGAGGUUCAGACGCUGAUGGAGAACAUCCACCUCCUCCUCCACUUCGGCGAGUUCGACGAAAGAGUUCCAUUGUGGACCUGGCAGGUGGCGUGGGUCUUAUACCGGGCUUUGACAAGGAUAUCGUCGCCGAACGGGAUGAGAAGGAUGGUCUGAGAGCUCUGGCCAAAAUUGCCAAAGCGGAUGUAGAGCUGUCGUCAGAUGAUGUUGUGUCCGGUGGGAUGUCAGUGGGCCAUGAAGAGGGCCUUGAGAGCUCGGUGUCAAGGGGGUCAAACCGCCAAGGUGAAGGGCCUCUCGCUGAACUUUAUCUGUGUGAAGGCCGUUUCUCGAUGAGUGAUUGUCUAGCGGUGUUAGAAAGUGAGCGGUUCCGGAAGACCAAGAAGCAGAGGACUGCAGCAUGGCAGGCCAACGAUCCGCCCUCUGUUCACACAACACUGGGUGCGUAUCAGCGAGGUCCUUGGACGGGGGUGACUACAGCAACAGCAAGACAUGGGGGCUUGGCGUCCUACCUAGCUGCGAUGCUGAAGCAUCACGGAGGAGACAACAUGGAGUUUUCUUCUUUGACGGUGGCUAAGGAUCUCAACACCGAUGCUCACAAGGACCGGUUCAAUAUGAGGGGUUCGCGCAACUAUGUCCUCACCCUCGGGAACUUCAAGGAGGGAGGUAUCUGGCAAGAAGGUACCAGUGAGGGCUACCCCACCGUGCACAUGGAGCUGGGUUCCGGGGAACACCGAGCUGGCUAUGUGGAGCCGGUUCGUAACAAGGUUGUCCAGGUGGAUCCCAAAAAGUUACACAAGACUAUGCCGUGGUCUGGGGGUCCGAAGUGGACCAUUAUUGCCCACACUAUUGGGCAGUGUAAGAAGCUUGAUGAUGAGGCCAGACGGAGUUUGGAGCAUCUGGGGUUUGUCCUUCCUCCACAGCCUCAUCUCUGUGAGCUGAGGGCUGUUCGGUGUGAUGAUGAUUCUGGUCCGGCGGUGGUCGAAAAUGGUCCCUGUUGGUUUCCGCCUCAAGAAGAUGUGGAAGGGGAGAUGUGGACCCGUAUGUGGUCUAGGAGAGUCCUAGAUGAGGAGGAGCUCUUGGCCUCAGUGCUUCCCAGGUCACUUGCUGAUGAGUUUGAGGGUGUUGCAGAUGCAGUGAAUGCAGCGGCACGGUCGCUGGAGGUCAGAGAGUCUGUGAGUUUACCUGAUCGGCUUGGGGUGGAACAAUGGAUGUCGCUAUGUAGAAUGACCGAGGGCACUGACGAGGUACAUGGAGUUGAGUCUCUGUUGGAAUCGUUGUCGGGUCCUCUGAAGGUUGUCUACACUGUUGCUUUGGAUGAGGUCAAACAGUUCAUCUCAAGGUGGACAGCAUCCAUCGUCAAGGAGGCCGACGCGCUGAUCAAGGCGAAGGCUUUGGUUCCCCUUACAACGGAGGAACAGCGAAUCCUGGAGCGAUCGGGGAAGCUAAUUAUCCUUCCUGCAAAAGGGGUUUUUACCGUGAAGCCCCCAGAUGGAGAAGCUCCAGCUACAGAAGGUGGUAUGCAUCCUCCCCCAGGUGAUCCCUCCUUCUACAAGCGCAAGGCGAGGCUGGUCAUCUGUGGAAACUUCCAGGGCAAGCAGUCUAUGGAAGACUCCUAUGCUGGAGGCUGCCAGACGGACAGCCUGAGAGUGAUGUUAGUUCAUUGCGCUGCAUUGGGAUGGUGUUUAGCCUCGACUGACAUUCGAAAUGCCUUCAUUCUGGCUCCGAUUCAGGAGGAGGAUGAUGAGGAGGAGGCAGUGUACGCCCUCUACCCUCCUAAGGUGUUUCAGCUGGCGAAGGUUCAGUAUGCCUUGCGGUUGUGGAGAGUAGACCGGGCUCUUUAUGGUUUUCGGCGCUCUCCUCGUCUUUGGGGAAGAUUUCGGGACAAGCGACUACGCAAUGCGAAGAUCCCCUACGGCGAUGGCUACAUCUACCUGAAGCAGCACAAGGCUGAUGAGAACAUUUGGUCGGUCUGCGUUGUCUCGGCAGACGGUUCAAUCAAUGUGAGAGCCUAUGUCAAUGUGUAUGUCAUCUAUUGUAUGUGGGAGAAGCGGACGUUAUUCGUGAAGUUCAGCCAUGGCUGCAUCAUGGUCUUUCUGAAGUACGAGGCGCAGGCUAUCACGGGGGAGCUUUUAUGGUUGAGUGGCAAGUCGAGGCCAGAUCUCAUGCACACCAUAUCUACUAUGUCCUCGUGGUGUUUGAAGAAUCCUAUCUUAGUCGAGCGGAUUGGAAUCCGCGCCUUGGGGUACCUGAAGGCCACGAUCGGCCUUUGCUUGGAGUACCACCCAGUGCGUAAGGACCACUACGUAGAAGCGUUUUCAGACGCCUCUUUCGCUCCCCACGGAAGCCGCAGUGUUGGUUGUAGUUUGGUUCGGUACCUACAACAGCCAGUCGCGUGGCGCUCCGGACGCCAGGCCCUUGUGGCUCUUUCCGUUGCAGAGGCGGAACUCAUCGAGACCGUCAACGCUACUCAGAUGGCCUACGGCAUCUCGGCGAUCACCGAGGAGCUCCACCAGGUUCAGGCGGAGAUCACUGUUAAGGUGGACAAUGCAGCCGCCGUUGGCCUUAGCAACGAGGCCGGUGGCAGCUGGAAGACACGGCACCUGAAGGUGCGAGCUUUCCAUUUGCGGGAAGCUGUACGUCUUCGUGAACUACGAAUCGAGCACAUCCCUGGCAAGAUGCAGUUGGGUGACCUGGGGACGAAGGCGUUUAGCCGACCCCGCUUAGUUGAGCUCCUGCACCUGCGGGGUCUGAAGACGGAAGGGGGUGGUGCUGAGAAUGAGGAGGUCGGCCAGUCCGAUCACCCAGCCAAGAUCAAUGGUACCUUGGCGGUCCUUGCCAAGUUGGUGCUCAUUAUGGGCUGGAUGGUUCAAGGGUCUAGAGCCUCUACCACUCAGGACCGAGAGGAACGAGGAAUCGAGGUGAGCAUGCCGUGGGAGCUUUACGGACUUCUUCUUCUGGGCCUGAUUGCUUCUAUUGGCGUGUGGGAGGCGAUCAAGUGGUUCUUUGAGUGGGUUUCCUUGAAAAGGAGUGGGUCGGUUGAGGAAUCACGUGGAGCGCGGCGACUUCGGCGGCUACAGCAAGCUGUUCAAGAAGAGGUUGCUCGUUAUGGACUCGAUGAUCCCGUGCAGGAUCGAGCCCAGCCCUCGACUCCGCGGCCUCCCUCUACGAGGUCGACUCCUCAGGUCUCGCCCUUUCAAGCGAGAUCAUCUUCUACGCGAAGGACAGCUUCGAUAGCUGUCCAGACCGAUGUGCAGCCAGACGGCUAUGUGCCCACGGUGAUCGAGUUCACCAUGAUGCAACAUGUCACGGCCUUCGGAAUGCCACGACAAGGCGGCGACAG